AUGAAAACCUUAUCUGACCAGGCUGCAUCGGCCGUUAAAGCCAAAGAUGUGGCCGAGGAAAAAGCUGAGGCCGCUAAGGCCAUCAAGAAGGUUCUUGAGGCCGAAAAGAAAGAGGCCAAAGAAAAGAUGACCCAAGCCCAAAAAGAACUUCAAGAUGCCUUGGCCACCAAAGCUGCCGAGGUCAAGGCUGCAGAUGAAAAGCCAUACGCUGAGGGGGUGGCUGAUGUCACGACGGACUAUGAAAAACAGGACAGUGAGGAGGUUCCCAAUGAUAUUACUCCUAAGAAGGCAUCAUCGUACGUGCCUCUCGCCGACAAGAGCCUCGAUCAAAUCGUUCAAGAAAUAGAUGCUGAGCUUGCGACUGAGAAGCCUACCGAGAUGUCCUCUCAGCAGUCUUCUGAACUUCAGACCCAAUCAACUGGUGUUGCCGAAGAGUCUUAA